AUGUUUAUAGGUGAUUUUGCCGUAGUGGAACUGUUUGCAACAAAAUAUCCAGUAACAAAAAAGCAAAAAAAUAGAACUGGUUUAACCGCUCUUCAGAUAGCACAAAAAGAAGGAUUCAAACGUAUUGCCCAAAUACUAGAAUUUGGUGACACUUCGCACGAUUUCUUGAUUACAGAUGAAAAAAUAUCUGCCACAUCCAAGCACAGCUAUCAGGUGCUUGAAACUGCGUGUCGAAAUGGCCAAGCAAAAAUUAUCAAAGAAUUUUGUCAAGAACGUUACGACUCUAGAGAUGAAAAAAAAAGUCUGUGUUGUAAACUUAUUGGCAUAGCUAAAAGCUACCACCAAGAAGAAAUAGCAGACAUUCUUCAGUUGCAUUACGAUCGACAGUUAAAAAUGGAUAUUCCUUCAGAUAUAGAAUUGGAAAAAAUAGUAACAUUAGACGCCAAGUAUAAGAACAUAUUAAAUGGAGUUUUGGAAGGCCUACACAACACCAUUACUGGAAUCUCUGCCGAUCUUGAUCCUGCUGACCCAGGCACAUUUAUCAAUUUAUUCUCGAAGUUGGUAACAAAUUUACAACAAAAUGCACAGGAACUUGAGAAUGCUGACACAAAAAAAAAUAUCCGCAAACUGAUUCGAAAAGAUAUGUCUGGUACGGAAGAAAAAUUAGAGGCAAUAGAUAAACGAUUGAAUCAAGUCGAGGAAUACAAUACAAUGCUCAAGAAAAGUAUUCAAAAAACCGAUAAACGUUUAAGCAGCGUAACAGGCUUAACUGCGGGUAAAAAAAAAUACAUUUUUGACGAACUGGAGUUACACAAAAAACAAUUAGCUGUUUAUGAGUCUUCCAUGUUGCUGUUUCUUCGAGAACGAGAAGGCCUGCUAAACAGGCGCAAGACCAUGGAGUUCAUCAAGGACAAAUCUUUUUUAUACUUAUUCUAUCGAACGAUUGAGAUCCGUUUAAAUGCAUUGUUUCACAGUGUUCUAGCAGCUCAAGGUGGUUACCUGCAACUGCAAGCUAGCAAGGAUAUGAAAUUCGCAAUAGGAGCGGCAGCACCUGAUUUACUAUCGGGCGCAUGGAAAUUCGCAAAUCUCUUCACUGACGCAUUGUUGACGUAGCUUCAACGUGUUGCAUCAGAUACGGCCGCCCUUCUCACACUCUAUUACAAGCAACAAAUCGAAUCUAUUGAUGCAUUAACAAAAAUAAAAAGCAGCAACUUUCUAACCCAGAAAGUUCAUGCACUCAAAGAAAAUUUUCUGGAUUUCCAUCCAGAAAAGAAGGACGAAAAAGCUGUGAUAAUAGUAGCUCUCUAUGUGAUAAAUUGGCUCAUUGAAACACUUAAAACAGCGAAGGGUCGCGAAAUUGUCUCAAAUAUCCCAUUAUCAGAACAGCUAUGGUAUUACGUCGCCAAAAAUGAUCCUUUUGUGACCAAGACAAUAGAAUAUCUAACUGACAUUGCUGGAUAUUCAGAUGGUCGACAACUCAUACCGCUACAAAAAAAAGAUCCUAACGGGAGGAAGUAUCAAGUUAAGUUACAGCAUUUGAUUGGGUAUCCCUCAGUAGUAUCUAAAGAUGGACUUAUUUAUCAAUAUCCAGUAUCACCGCAGGAUUUUCAAAAAGACAACUAUCCAGAUUUGACAAUAUUUGGUUAUGUUUACUUAGAGCCGUUUACAACAGAUAGAGAAAUAUGCAGGUCCAUUAUUAAAGAAAGACAUCUAAUUUCUGCGCAGCGUAGUGUCAGUGCCGAUACUAGAACAAAAAUCGCGGAAAUCGAACGUAUGUCGAUGGGAAUAAAAGGGGAAAACAGUGGUAUUCGGCCGGCUGUUAUGUCAGACACAGCUUUUGAAGUAGCCAAAGUACUUCGAGAGCAAAAGUCUUUUGCUGAUUCCAGUUAUGUUCACAAAGAAAUUAAGAAAUCUGGAAUUAACAUUGAGUGUAGAAUCGAAAAUCUUCAGAAUAGUCUUCAAGAAAAUGAUAUGCGAUAUCAAACAUCAAUGGAGGCUGCUCAUGAUUUCGUUAAACUUGAGUCUGAUCGGGCACUCACCGCAUUGAUAAAAGAAAACAAGCAACGAUUUGAUGAUGGAUUGAGAAAACAGACUGAACAAAUGCUAGAACUUCAAAAACAGUUGGAAUCCAAGAAUAAGCAUUAUAUCAAAGAAAUCCAAAAGCAUUUACAAUCCGAGAACAAACAGUACAUGGAACAAGUUCAAAAGCAAUUAGAAACCCAAAACGUAAAUCGCAUCGAACAAACUCAAAAACAGAUAGAAUUCCAGCUUCAAAAUCUUACAAAUGAGAUUUCAAAACACAGCAAAGCCGAGCUCAACACAAAGGAGCCUAAACUCAAGCAACAUAAACCUGGAUUGCAUCACACUGCGGCUAAACCACAGAAAUCAAAUCAGCCACACGCAAUUGUCGAAGCUACCAUUAACCAUGGUGAAACUGAACGAAAACAGCUUACCAGUCAAUUGCAAGCUCCAAGUCACAAUAUGCAACAACAGAUCACGGGGCAGUCAUCAACCGUUAACAAAAUAUUAUCGGUAGCCAAUGACAAAUAUCCUCCUGAAAAUGAGGAAUCUUUUGAUUAUCCUACAAGAUUCUGA